AGCUCAGGCUUUUCAAUUCCUGGAUGGCAGCAGAGUGCUAAUCCAGCCUUCAUCCUGGAUUUCAUAAACUGCAACAAGGGAGGCUGGCAGGAGGACAGCACUCCCGGGUUGAGGAAACUGACGACAGGGAAGCAUGUGGGCAACACACUGUAUAAAGCUCAUAAACGUGUAGGCUGAUGUGCAGCUACUGCUUUGGAUUCCUUACUGCUGCUUCCCUCAGUGCAGGACCACGAGGUUGAACAUAGAACCUGCUCUUUGGAACUGAGCAAUUAUCAUUGAGAAAUAUGAAGAGCUUCUUGUUUUUCACCAUAAUCCUGGUACUGGUGCACAUCAGAACAGCUUGGAGUGCAAAAUACGCCGUCGAUUGUCCUGAGCCCUGUGACAGUAAUGAGUGUAAAAGUACUUUGCGCUGCAAGCGAACAGUGCUGGAUGACUGUGGUUGCUGCAGAGUCUGUGCAGCCACCCUGGGGGAGACUUGCUAUCGCACUGUCUCUGGCAUGGAUGGUGUCAAAUGUGGGCCUGGGCUGAAGUGCCAGUUUUACACUGAGGAGGAUGACUUCGGUGAUGAAUUCGGUAUCUGCAAAGAAUGUCCAUACGGUACCUACGGAAUAGAAUGCAGAAAAACUUGCAACUGUCAGUCUGGCAUCUGUGACAGAGUAACUGGAAAAUGUUUGAAGUUCCCAUUUUUCCAACUCUCUGCUUCAAAGCCUCCAAACAGACGAAAAAUUAUUUCAUACACUGAUAAUGACAUGGCAUCAGGGGAUGGUAAUGCUGUCAAAGAGGAGUUUGUCAAGGAGAAAGGAAUUGACUCCCCAGUAAUGAAAUGGUUAAACCCUCGCUGAUAUUUACUCAACUUACAGGACUCUCAGAUGAAUGCAUUCCUCAGAGAUGGUUGAAUAUACAACAGCACAAUUUAAAAAGACAGUAUAUCUAGAGCAUAUGAAAUUAUAAUCUCUGAAGACCAGUUGUGAUUCUAUGCAUCAUCAGAAAAAAUGUUUACUUAUGAAUAGACUGUACAGUGUAUAUGAUUUUUUAUAUUUGUUUUGAUAAGUAUUUGAACACUAAAAGAUAUUGUGGAUUGCUGAAUGUAUAGUAAUAUUGAAAAACCAAGCCGAGAUCCCUGCAUUUAUAUGUAGCUAAAGAGCCCUUCCUCCAGGCUCUUGGUAGAAAAAUCCCAUUAAACUCAAUGGAGAUUUUUGAUGUGUAAAACCUGCUGUUGUGGAGCCAAAGUUCUAGCGAUGCAACUCAACAAAAGCUUGAAAAUCCAAAGCUAAAAAUUGAUGUGCUUGACUCACACCAGCAAAAUAAUAUUAUAAAGGGCACAAUGGUGUGAAUUUGAUAAAUCAACAUUCAUUUUGAAUAUUCUGGUUUUUUUUAGUUUUGUGACAACUAACAGGAUGUUAACAUAUUUCUACUUUGACAGAAAUCAUUAUCAUAUAGCCUUCUACAAUGUGCUUAUCUUACCUGAGCCUGUGUAAAAUCAUAGUAUUACGAAAUAUUUCUGAAAUAAGAGUGGCUUUUGUGUCCAAUAGAUGGCAAUAUCUUUGAAGGAGCAUUGGAGUAUCAGCAUAAAUAAGCAUUUAUCAGUAAUACAAGUUUCUAUACAAGGAACUGGAAUUAAAGAAGCUAUUUAGGAUUACUUAAAUUUAUCUAUUUUUUAUCUAUUUUUUGAUCUACAAGCAUUUCUUAGUACACAACCUUCAACCCCUUACUCACAUGAGUCAUCCCUAUUCAUGCCAGGGAUCUCAUUUAAAUAAUGGAACUACUUCAUGGGAGAUUGUAGGAGUGGCUAAUUAGUCUAUAUUUGGCAUAUAGCUGACACUUUGCAAAAGUCAAUGACAUUAUGAUUUAUUAAUACAUUUUUAAAAAGCCAGGUCCCUAGACACAGUAAAUAUAUUGUUACUGAGAUGGAGCUCACAUGGUCUGAGGACCAGGCUCAUAAAAUACAUCAGCCUUCAUUCUCUUUCAGUUUAAAUCAAUAUGAGUUCUGUCAUCAACUUCACUGAGAGAAGGAGUAGAUCACACUGGCAGCAAUACAGCAUCAGAUGAAAGCACAUUUAAAAGAAUGCAGCUAAAGAACACCCCCCUCCCCCAAAUGUUCUUAAGGUAUAACACUGUACCCAAAGCCCAUUAAAAUCAGUUUGAUUGUUUCUGCUGACUAUAGUGAGCUUUAACCAGGCCAUAAAAAGACUAGUAGCAGAAAACAUCCACAAACUAAAAUGAAAAAAUGUACUCUCUCAUUACAGUGCCAUGAAAAGCAAAUCCAAGGUUGACAUAUACCAUGUCUUAGAUGGGACUGCAUUUUUAUGUUUGAGAAGGAGGUAUUAAUGGAAAAAGUGUCAGUCACAACAAUAGUGGUACAGACAAUAUCACUGCAAAAUGCUGUAUAGCUGUGGAAUACUGACAUGCCACUGAAAUGAUUCUAUAUGUAUUGCUGCCAAUAGUGAUUUCUGCCUUGACUUCAAUGAGAAGAGGCUUAUACCUGCCUUCUUCUAGUAGACUGGAAAAGUUAUUUAAAGAAUGUCGUAGAUAUUAGUAUUUACUUACAUGAAAUGUUUUUUUUUAUUUGCAUCAGUGUCAUGAAUGUAAAUCUAAUAAGCUGUUGGGUUUUUUUAAAGUAUAUGUUUAUUAUUGUUCAAUAAUUAAAAAAAGUAUAACUGUC